CUUUUUUUAUAUGCUUGCUCUUGCUUCGAGUCAUCAUCUCAUUGCUCAUCACCAUGGCUAAGGCUAAAGCAAAGGGCAAGAAAGUCUCGGCGGGGGGUGCGCACCCUCACAUCCGUGCGCGAAUCAAUUACCUCUACAAUGCUGCUACGUUCCUUCAAUCAGUAGCGACGCCUCUUACGCAAGCGCAAACCGAUAAGAGGGACGAAAAGGAGAACAACACCGCAGUGCAAGCACCAGCGCGUAUAGUGCCCCAGAUGGCGAAUCCUGAAAGCGUGUCGGAAAAGGGGCCCGCUGGCCUGUCCAGUCAAGCGACCACCGAGCAUCUGCCUCAACUUUCCCGGGUCUAUAUGUCGCAAAUGCGUGGCGUCUCUCUAAAAACGCAACUUCGACUCCCCGUCGACGUGAAGAGGUCGUUCUGCAAGCGCUGCGAUACGCGUUUGAUUCCUGGUGUGACUUGUAUGGAAGAGAUCCGAAACGCCAGCCGCGGCCGCAAAAAGCCGUGGGCUGAUGUUCUAGUGGUCCGUUGCUCUACAUGUGGAACAGAGAAGCGGUUUCCCCAGACAGAGAAGCGAAGCAAAAAGCUAUCGGAGCGUCGGAAAGAAAUACCGCCGCAGCCGAAAGAGGAACCUACCGCGGGUGCUUGAUCACCUAGCAUAGAAAACUUAUGACUCUACGACACAUCGUCUCCGCGUCGCCUCUGGGCAUCUCACUUUCAAAAUCGUGGUCCCGGCAUGACUCGCCCUUGAAUGCGGGCAAUCGGAAUGGUUGUAGAACCCCAUGCAGCCAAUCACUUGCCAGAAACCUCCGAGGCGGA